ACUGUAUUUAUAAAUACGGUAACGUUUAUUUAGAUCUCGUUAAGUCACAUGGUGUUGUUAUCGAUUGCGAAAUGGUUAGGUACAGACGAAAUCGGAUAAAGGGAACACUAUGGACGAACAGGUUGAUUUAAAUACCGAGCUCGAAGAGAUAAAGUUGGGCAUGCGGCGACUCGAGGCAAACAUAAACAAGGUUAUACAGUGUGGCUCAGAUUGUCCUUGUUGCAGCCAAACGAAACGUUUACGGACAGAUUUAGAUGCUGUUUCGUCACGCCUUGACGACCUGAAAGCUGCGACAAAUGGCAUUCUGUCAUUUGAGAAAAGACUUAUAGAGAUGCAGACGAACAUGUCCGAACUACAGAACGUAAUAAUUGCAUGGCAGACGGACCAGGAUAACAAAGAAGAUACCUCAAAAGUAGAACGAGAACAAUCAGAGGUUGAGACUCGUCAAGAAGCACAUACGUCGACGUCUUUAGAGAAAUCGGGACUGCACGACGGAUGCACUGAAAACUCCGCAACAUCAGGAGCCGAAAAGAAUACAACAGAUCUAACCCCCAUGCCAACGAGCAUGCAAUCAAAUGAAUCGAGUCACGAUCACACCCAUGCUAGUUCAAUCCGACGUGACAUAGGCAUGACUGUGAUAAAGCAACCGCAACGAAAAGUGUUCCAGGAGCUAGAUGCGUGGAUAUUGAUGUUUCAAAGUGAACUCGACAUUGCUAGAUUGCUUACGGGUGAUAUUGAUGGUGUGGUGACAGUGUUGUUAAUAGACAUAUCGGAAAGCAUGGCGGAGGGUGAGGCGUGGGUACAGGCCAGAACUUUCGUCAAGUAUUAUCUAAAAGGUUUGAAAGAAGUUCGACGUCUUGAAGGUGCUAGUGACAUCAAAGAUGAGUACAUUGCAAUUGCAACAUUUGGGCACGAAACUAGAUUGCAAGUACAUUUAACAGUGGAAUACGACACCAUUGUUAAAUACAUAGAUCAUGUCAGAUUGGGUGGUCCAAGUCCAUUGUAUGGCGGAUUAUGGAUGGCAAUGGCUGGGGCAGCCGCAGGCAAGUCCUUCACAACUAAUGGCAUUUUAGUUGUACCAAAAAUAAUCGUCAUUAGCGACUAUCGACCAACUGAAAGCCUUUUAAUAAUGGGGCCCGACAUUCCAAAUGGAGAAACUAUCGACGAGAGCAUGACUGAGAUCGUGUCCAUAUUGGGAGAAAUGAAUAAAAAUAACAAAUCAGUGUUCUUCGUAGCUGUAGGAGACUUUAACAAAGAUUUUGUCGACGUGCUUAAGUCCAUCGACAAAAAGGUGUACAGCUACACGGACGGGCGAAGACUCGCAAAACGUUACUUUCUUUCUACCAUGGCCGCUUCUUUUGAUUUCGGGGCAUUCCUGUUUGACCUCAGAAGACGCCCACACAUGUCGAGUGAAGAUCGGGCAGACAUGCAGGAAAUUCGAAUGGAGUCCCAUUGGCGAUCUUUGAAUAAAGAUCCAAAAAUAUUGUAUCAUGAAAGUUUGAGCACAACAUUACCCAAGAUCGGUUCGCGCGUACGACGCGGACCAGAUUGGCGCAAUUAUGAUCAGGACGGGAAUGGGCCAGGGACAGUUGUCGGGCAUUCAGAGGAAGAUUCACGUGUAUGGGUUAAUUGGGAUGUGGAUAGUGAGCAUCUCUUUCUUCAAAACUACGGAGAAAAUGGAUAUGACGUACUAGUAACAGGAGAGCAGCGAACGUUGAAACCAGGAGAGAAAAUUUCUGUGGGAUGCACAGUGAAGCCAGGACGAGACUGCCAAUAUCAAGGUUUUCGUGAGUGGAACUCUGGUGUCGUCAUUACAGUCGAACCACCUAAAGCUCACGUCCGUUGGGACAGCGGAUCUCGUGGUGACUAUAGUUAUGGAGAGGAUGGAAAAUACGAAAUAGAAAUCUGCACAUUGACAAGAGAUAAAGACUCCGGAAUGGCGCAUACUCCUUUGCCAGUCAGACAUACUGAUAAACAUGAAGUGAAGCCCGAACAGAGCACCCGGAAAAACAAAAACAAAAAUGAUUGACAGCACCGUAUAUAUAUCCAAUAUGGUUAUUUAUUAACAGACACGGAAAAUAACACACUUUCACAUUGUUUGCUUGAAAUUGCUUUUAUAAAUUUUGUCUAUAUUAUCAAAUAUUGUGUUUCUUAACAUAACAACUGUAUAUUGAUGCCAAAAACAAACCAUGCACUCGUAUUGAAAUACACUUUGUACACUCAAGCUAUGAAUAUAAGAACUAUUCAUCAAGUUGCAUGGGAAUAAAAAAUAAUAUGAUAUAAACAAAUGGAUGUUACUAAGUUUUGUAAACUGUAUUAUGAACAAAUAACUGUAAUAUUAAGCGAAUUGUUGUGCCAUACAUGUUGUGACAACUUAUCUUUUACGUGACACACAACAUUUCAUCAAAUACAAUUGCUUUUGUUCAUUUUAACAGUGAUGGUAUUUAUCGUAUAUCAGUAAUUUAAAGAAAUAGUGAUUGAAUAUGACACUCAUUAAAUAGGCAUGCAUCCCCUGAACUAUGAAUGCAUUUUCUUAUACAGUAUACAAAGUGGCUUUAAUAAAUUCACACUUUUCAUAGAAACGCUGUAAAAAUUCGAAUAGGAAUAUUUAUAUACUAUAAGACAUUUUAUUGACACUGCAGUUUCAAUACAUGUGAAGCGUUGUGAAUUAUCGGUGACGCAAAGUAGCAAGGAACGGUAGCAACGUGAUGAUGAAGUGUUCCCGUAAAAAAUAAUUGAACAUGUUUUAAAAAGUGAUGUUUAAGCUAAUAUUAAAAUAAUUCAUGCGUAUCAAUAAUUUAAAAAAUCAAUCCGGAUUUACAAUUCUUACCCCAUUUCAUCCAUAAGCACGAUUGCGUAUCUUAUAAGGGCAUCUAUAAAAAGCAAUUAUUCCUAUUGCUUUCUUCUAUCGUUUUGCUAUUUAUUUGUAUAAAUGCAAAGCGUACAUAUAUCCAAAGCACGUUCACUUUCACGAUCAUUUACGUCUAUAAAAGUGAUCCGCUUUAUUUGUUUGGUAUCGUGUUAAGUUUCGCUCAAUAUAAAUUGAGCAAAAUGUGAAACUGCAAACAUGCACAUAUACAAGUCCAUUUUUUGUACGCAUCAACGUAUUUCGCUUCAUUUCAUUCAUUAGUUUAGUAACCGAGAACUAUGUUGAACACAUUUGGCCUGUAUACGAGUUCUUUAUGAGUCCAUGCGAGCUGCAUAUAGACUGCAUAUGUGUCCUUGUUGGGUCCUCGAUAAGCGGCCAAUAUGCCGAAUGUUUUGAGAUUCGACGUAUAACCUUUCAAACGACUGAUAUAUGCUACCAACAAAUUAAUUUAGCAGCGACAUAUGAGCAGUCUUGUGAUUAAUGUUGGGGUUAUGAUCCCCUGUUGCCAUGACUUCAAAAUGUUUGUCUUCUUCUCGCCGUCGUUCUCUCAAAGAUAAUUGUAUUCCAUAUUCCUGUCCCUCCUAGUUUGCCAUUGUCUAGAUAACAAAACAUAAUACCAUAAAAAGGCACAUGCCGACUGUGUCAAACAUUGUGUUACAAAUAGAAAGAAAAAAUGAUUUUGUUUAAACACCUUAACAUGCACUACAGAACUAUUAAUCAAACAUGUACACAAAUGUUCUUCACAUAUAUUUUUGUUGCAUAAACAUGUGUGUAUGCAUUUAUAAUUGUGUAUGCAUUUAUUCACAGAUUUAUUGUGUGAGAAAUCAUCGUAAUUAUUAAAACAUAUGGUAAACUGCAUGUAUCAUUGAUAAAAUUACCCAGUUCU